ACGGUCUGGAGAAACGCACUAGGUUGGCGUCCACGGCUUGUGACUUUUUUGCACGUGGGCCGCUGUCGGCCUUCCGCCCGUCGCUCGUACCUAUCGGUGUGGACCAGCCACAUUGAACGAUAGAGGCGCAGCGGAGGCCAAGGGUCGUGAGCUGAUGGAUUUUGCUGCUGAAGAUGAAGCCGCGUGGGGAGGCGGCCUCCAGCGUGGAGCUGAGGGGGCGCGGCUGCGGCUCGAGCCGGGUAGGGAGGGAGUCCCGGGCCGCGCCGGGACGGAGGAGGCCUGCGCUGGAGAGGCCGGGAGCGGCCUGACCGGAACGGAGAAGAGAGGGGAUGGAGAAGGAGGAAGCGGACAGAGGGCCGAGGAAAUGCCAGUGAACCUAACGGUUGUGAAGCAAGAAGUUACGGACCCUUGGGAAAUGGAAGACGGUGUGCGGGGUAGCCAGUGGAUAAAGCAGGAGGUGGAGGAUGGGCCCGAGGUGAAGGAGGAGAAACCAGACGCACUGGAGGUGAAGCAGGAGGUGGACAGCAGCUUGGUGAUCAAAGAAGAGAAGGUGGAUGAGGCAGCGGUCAAGGAAGAGAAAGUGACGGUGAAGGAGGAGGCGGACUGGCUUGAAGUGAAGGAAGAGAGGAAAGAUAACUUGGAGAUAAAACAGGAGGAGGUGCUUUGGGGUCAGAACAUAAAAGAGGAAAUGAUGGAUGAAGUGUGUGUAAAAGAAGAGAAGUAUUUCCCGAAGAAAGAAAUGUUGGCGGAUACAACGGUGAAAGAAGAGCCUCAGAUAGAUUCUGUGGGCUCGAAGCGGAAACUGGCCAUGUCGAGAUGUGAAACUUGUGGUACAGAAGAAGCCAAGUACAGAUGUCCACGUUGUAUGCGGUAUUCCUGCAGUUUGCCCUGUGUAAAGAAACACAAAGCAGAACUGACAUGUAAUGGAGUUCGAGAUAAAACUGCAUAUGUUUCAUUACAACAGUUCACUGAAAUGGAUCUCCUAAGUGAUUAUCGGUUUUUGGAAGAUGUGGCAAGAACAGCAGACCAUGUUUCCAGAGAUUCUUUAUUGAAAAGACCAUUAAGCAAUAAACAUAUGCACUUUAUGAAAAAUCGUGCCCGGAGGCAAGGUAUUAACUUAAAACUUCUACCCAAUGGGUUCACCAAGAGGAAAGAAAAUUCAACAUUUUUCGAUAAGAAGAAACAACAGUUUUGUUGGCAUGUGAAGCUCCAGUUUCCUCAGAGUCAAGCUGUGUACAUAGAAAAAAGAGUACCAGAUGAUAAAACUAUUAAUGAAAUCCUAAGACCUUAUAUUGACCCAGAAAAGUCUGAUCCUGUAAUUCGUCAAAGGUUGAAAGCCUACAUUCGCUCUCAGACUGGGGUCCAAAUUUUAAUGAAGGUCGAAAAUAUGCAGCAAAAUUUAGUAAGAUAUUAUGAACUGGAUCCUCACAAAAGUCUCCUUGACAAUUUGAGGAACAAAGUGAUCAUUGAGUAUCCAACAUUACAUGUGGUACUAAAGGAAUCCAAUAAAGACAUGAAAGUUCUUCACCAAGUGAAAAGUGAAUCUACCAAGAACAUUGGCAGUGAAAAUUGAGCUCUUCUGGAAGAAGGAAGUUCCCAGGUUGCAGAGGACUAACUGUUGGGUGACUGGGAUAUUGUCAGUGGGUGGGUGCAAUUUUUUGUUUUUCUGAAAAGUGAUUAAACAAUUUAAAUUUUUUUUAAAGAUGUAUUUUCUGGCCUCUUGAAUUGACUUACAAGGCCCUUAUUCCUAUUAACAACCCCUCUUCUGCACCUGAUUGGCAUAGUGCUUAUUUUAAUUAGACCCAGGCUUUUAGUGUGCUGAGUUGAAUAGACUGAAAACUUUCCUGUUUCGAUGCAAGACCAAACCCAAGGAUCACCUGUGUCAGCCACAGAGUUGUCAAAAGGCCGUGCGACACACGAGCUAGCCAUCCCGUUCUUGCCUUUGGAAUGUAUAUGUAACUUACCCUCUUGAGAUGAAUGACUGGGUCUUUUAUACUUGGGUAGCACCCAGUAUGAUGUCCUGUGUAAAGGCUGAAUAAAUACAUUUAGACACUA